CCGCGCCCCGUCCGCGGGCGCCUGCGCAUUGGCCCGGAACCAAGAUGGCGGCGCCCAGAGGAGCCUUCUGGACCGCCCUGCUCCUGGCGGCCGAGACGCUGACGUUGGCGGCCGCUGUGUCCGAGCCCACUACCGUGCCGUUUGACGUGAGGCCCGGAGGCGUCGUACAUUCCUUCUCCCAGGACGUAGGACCCGGGGGCAAGUUUACAUGCACAUUCACAUACGCUUCCCAGGGAGGGACCAACGAGCAAUGGCAGAUGAGCCUGGGGACGAGCGAAGACAGUCAGCACUUCACUUGUACCAUCUGGAGGCCCCAGGGCAAGUCCUACCUCUACUUCACACAGUUCAAGGCCGAGGUGCGGGGUGCUGAGAUCGAGUAUGCCAUGGCCUACUCCAAAGCUGCAUUUGAGAGAGAGAGCGAUGUCCCCCUUAAAAACGAGGAAUUUGAAGUGACCAAGACAGCAGUGUCUCAUAGGCCUGGGGCCUUCAAGUCUGAGCUCUCCAAGUUGGUGAUCGUAGCCAAGGCGGCCCGCUCGGAGCUGUGACUCUCCCCUGUCCUGGCUGUGACGUCCUCCUCAGGCUCACGGCCCCAACUGCGUGUCUGGCACACUGGUUCCCACAGGAGCUGGUGCUGCCCUGUUUACAGCUCACACUCCGGCACUCUGCUGGACUCAGCCCUGUCACCCAUCUCACCAGGGAAGGUACAGGACAUGCUGGGUGGGACCUAGGGGCCUCCUGGCGUUCCUGAAGUCAGGUGUGGUUUCUCCUCUGAGCCACAGAUGAGCAUCCCCAUCCCCGGGACUGUUUCUUACCCCACCCAAGGCACCUCCAUUCAAAAGGAGAGGAAGAGACGCAACAAAUAAAUAAAGAACUAACCACCCCAGCUGGGGCUCUGUGGGGUCAGGACUCAGACUCGGACUCCCACCACCUUCCACAGUAGCAGCAGCAGGCGCAGGCAUGUGGCUUCUCCCAAGACUGACUGUCACACAGGGCCAGCAUGGCGGGUCCCAAGGCAGCCAGUGACUUUAUAUCCACGGAAGGACUAGUCACUCUCUCCUGAAUUGCCUUGAAUCCAUCCUGCCCCUGGCAGAAGGAUCCCAGGGUGAGGCCACCGUCCCCACAGAUUCCAGCUUCAGGUGGGCUUUUGAAGUCAGAUGGAGGCUAGAUGUCGGUAGAUUUAUUUUGUGCUUCUGUCUGUGAGUCUGUGCCUUUUGUGUGCCCGUGGAGGCCGGAAGAAGGCAUCAGAUCCCCUGGAGCUGGAGUCACAGGUGGUUGUGAGCUGCCUGUGGGUGCUGGGAGUUGAACCUGGGUCCUCUGCAAGAGCAGCCGGUGCUCUGUUGAGCUGCCUUCACAGCUCCAGUAUGAAAUCUUUAAACUCAAACUAAAAACAACCUGCAGCCAAAGUGACCUACGUGAGCCCUAGUGUCUCAGGCUUUCAGAGGGCCCACCGCCCCUCAGACCUCUGGCCAAACAUGAUGUGAGGGGCCGGGCCGCCAGACAGGCCUGUGCCUCACACAGACCUUGGGGUGCUGCAGCUGUUUGGGGAAUAGUGCCCCAUAGCAAGGGCUAGCACCUUCCUGCUGCCCCAGGCGUCAAGGAGGGGACCUCUGGUAAAGGCAAGAGAAGCUCUGAGUGGGAGGCUAGCCUGGGCUACAUAGCGAGUUCCAGAACAGCUGAGACUGCACAGUGGGACCCUGCCUCAAUAAAGGGGAGCUGUCCUUUAAGUGGAACCUGAGGACAUCUCAUGCUGCGUGUGCCCUGGGAAGGACACAGCCAUCAGCAUCCUCUUAGGGGCCUGAGGCUCCAGGGGCUCCAGUACCUGGGUGUAGGUGGCAUAGUCCUAGCCUCACGCCCCUAGGUUAGAAAGGUCACAGGAUGCGGUGAUGGCACUGGCUACCUGGCUCCUCCUGCGUGCCUUUGAUAGUCCCCAGCUGUCACAAGGAAACAGUGGAUAGAACUGGGUGCUGGGACACAGUGGCCCUUUAAUAUUUAAUCUUAUAUUUCUGGGGGAAAUUUUUGUGCUAGGAAUGAUCCUAAUGCCUCAAGCACAGGAGGCCAGUGAGGCCCCAGCCACGUUGAGACCCUCCAAUCAUCUUACUGGAAGCUACAGCCACCAGCCUGUGACAAGCCAAGGGAACUCAGUGGAACCUGGGGGGUGUCUAUCCCCAACCUGUCAUCCCUGGGCUGGGCAGGGGAGGGGCCUCUGACAUUUGUGUGGAUGUCUUAGUCUGUCUGUGGGUGCCAGAGAGCCAAGGAGCACAGCACAGGUCACAGGACUGCUUGUGGGACCUGGCUCUCCUCCAUGUGGCCACCAGCAUAGACAGACUCUGGACGUCAGGCUUGGCAGCAAGCUUCUCUACCCUCUGACCCAAGUCACCAGCCCCACAACAGCUUUAAAGAUUUUUCCCUCCCAGGCCUGGAAGCAUAGGCCUGUGAACCUAAGCAUUCAAGCAGCUGAGGCAGGAGGAUUGUGAAGUCCAGGCACCCUGAGAAUCUAAACCUAAAAAGGAAAUAAGGCUGGCUUGGUGGCAGAGCUGAUGUACAGCACACACAGGCCCAGUGACACACAGUAAUAAAGUGACGUGUCCCUCGCG